AUCACUCAGCUAGUUUUAUUCCCUGCAAACACCCCCCACUAUCGUAGGUGAAGUUGCCCGCGAGCAUUGCCAUAUGUCUGUGACACAACUGCCCUGUUCGCGACCCAAGCGCCAGCAUGCAGAGCAAUUUUCGGAACGAAGUAUUAUAUCGCAACUUGAACCAGACACAAAGAGGCAGAAACGCGAUCCGACCGGUAGAGCGGGAACUCGACGACCGGCCCCAGAGUUUUGGGACAACCUAUCCACGAUUUGGUUGACAAAAGGGACACUGACAGAAUUAGAUCGAAGGAACUCUGUGUAUGAUAAGUACACGCCUUGUCGAGAGCACCGGAGGUCUAAGAGGCGACUCACCAGACAGUUUUACUCCAAACUACAAAGCAGGCAUCUCGUUCAGUACGCUGCAGAUUUCCUUAGUUCAUGUGGGCCGGAUCUUUUCAAAGAGAUAAAAGAGCUUUCGAAACACGGUGGCCCAGAUCUUUCUGACCUCAGAAAUUUUCCACAAUAUAGAAGCCCUCUCAAUCGGAGGAUAGAUUCAAGCCAGCCCUCCCUGAACAAACGACGCCCAUCAACAACCGCUCCAUCCUCUAACAAGCGAUCCUCACGCAGCGGCGGGACUUAUAGUCGUAACUUUGAGCAGCAUCUGAUCGAUCAUGGCAUCUACCCCGAAGGAUAUAGAUAUCCCAGCGGUCAAAAACCGGGGAAGCCGAAAAAUUGGACAGUGAUCAAUCAGCAACUAGAUCGGCCACGAGGUUCCCUGUCCCCUUCGAGGUUCACCGAGGAGGAAUUUGAGAAAUUUAAGGAGGCGAACACGGAUGCAACCGUUGAGCUACUAACAAACUCGGUAAUUCCUACCAUUGAAGGCGGUAUUACAGAUCGUAAGGCUGUGGGAGGAGGAUAUCCAUUCGGGAACCUGAAGCCCUUAACUGAUGGUACAAUCUCAAGUGCCUGGCCGGAUCGUUUUUUUGGUGCUCGACCCGAACAACUUGACAGACAAAUCCGCUGCAAUCUUCACGACACCAUCGUCCCUUCGACACAGGAUAGUCGUCCGAUACUACCAAACUUCUAUCUAGAGGUGAAGUCAUCGGACCAGUCUGCGGCAGUCGCUAAAAGACAGGCUUGCUAUGAUGCUGCACUGGGUGCUCGGGCCAUGCAAAAUAUUCAGUCAUAUGGAAAUAGCGAGUUAGCCUACGACAGCAAUGCGUAUACCAUAGCAUCAACCUAUCAUGACGGCACCCUAAAGCUUUACACGUCCCAUCCGAUCAAAACUGUUGGUGCUCGGCAUGAACCUGAAUAUAUUAUGACCCAACUCAAUAGCUGGUCUAUGACUGGUAAUUUAGGAACCUUUCAACAGGGUGCCACAUGGUAUCGAAAUGCCAGAGACUGGGCAAAGGAAAGAAGAGAUGAAUUUGUUGAGACUGCGAACGCAAUGCUUUUGAAGGAAGAGUUUCAACAAAUUUCAUCAUCUCAAAAGGUGUCAGUGUCCGUUUCCACAGUUGUGUCGAUCGACUCCGAUUCAUCGUCCGAAUCUGAUCCAACUGAGUUUCAGGACGCACAAUGGAGCUUCGCAGCCCCAAUUGAAGAUGUGGGAGAAGAGGCUCAGAUUCUUUCAAAAAACUGAGAAUUGCUGUCGAUGUUUACUCUUGUGAUAGUUGAUAAUAAAAUUCCUCGAGGUCCAAACUGAAAAGUCUGAGAGUAUCGCCCAUCCUCCUCUCUUGAGUACAGAUCCAAUGCCUAUCUAUCCGCGCCGUGCCGUUCACACGCACACAUUAGGUAUGACGUCAAUAAUGAAUUGCAUCAGGCUCGCGUCUAUAGUGGGGUUUCUGGCUUGAUCAAAGGUUCACUGGGUGAGCAGUGGUAUAAUAAUGAUUGGGCUUUUCUUCACACUACUUGAAACUUGCUAUAGUAGCUUCUAUUGGAAUUCAUAUAAAAUAUGUUUCAUAUUCGUGCAGCUUUGUCUCUUCUAGUUUUACUUUAAAACAUUCAGACAGCUCUUAUCUAGAUUGAACUUUAGUCUCUCUACUUAACUUUCUUAUUAUCUCUGAACAACUACUUAGUUCUUUCUGAAGAGUAAUCUGAAUUUUUAAGUUUUUCUCUUUUUCUGUUCUGUUCUCUAUCUCUGUUCUCUUUUUCUCUUUUGAUUUCUGUUUUUCAGUAAAUAUAAGAUUGUAAAAUUAAUUGAUUAGAAUCUUUAUCUGUGUAAUAUGUUAAU